AUGACUGCUCAUAAUAUACUUGAUCUUCCUAAUGAAAUUCUUGAAAUCAUAGUAUUUAAUAUCAUUGGUAGACCAUGGAAAGAUGAUAUACGUGAUUUUCUUUCAUUUACAUCAACUUGUCGACGAUUUUAUCAAUGGUCUCAUGAUGAAAAAUAUUGGCAAAAACUAGCCUUACAACGUGAUCCAACAACUACAAAAUUAACAGAAGAUAUAACAUGGUUAGAUUAUUGUAAACAAAUUUAUCUUAUGCGUUUAAUAUCAUCUGAUGAAUUAGAAGAAAAAAUAAGUCGAUUUGAUGAAAAUUAUUUUUGUACAAUUGAAAAAAUUCUUCUUUGGCCUGAUAAAAUACGUAUAUAUAUUGAUGAACGUGGAGAUAAUUCACUUGGUGGUAUUCAACAUCCUAGACAUUCAACAAUAGCAUAUCUUGAAGAAAAUUCUACUAAUUUUUAUGGACAUAAUACUACUACAGUUUGUGAUAGUAACUUUUCUAUUGCAGAUGAAAAAGCACAAUAUUUAGGUUAUUUAGAUUUUGUAAUAAAUAUUUCAUUUGAUUGUAUUGGAAAAGUGCUUUAUUUUCAAUAUGGCUAUAGUGGUUAUAGUAUGACGAAACUUUUUCAUAUAAAACAAUCAUUUAUCGAUAAAUAUAAUCUUCUUCCUUUGAUGAGAAAAUGUCAAAACAUUGGAUAA